CCUUGGCUUUACAAACUCGACUACCAUGAAUCCGUACUUAGAAAACAAUUUUCUUGUGCGCUUGAUGGAAGAAAUGGAAGAGGAAGAAGAAGAGUUGCAGUUGGCGAGGUACAUGGUCAAUAGGAGGCGACGUGCACUCAAUGAGCGUCGUCAUGGAGGUUCGAUUCCCGGGCGUGUUAGGAUUCAUCGUGAUCACAUGAGCGGCGAUGCAAGAAUCCGAGCGGACUACUUUGGAGCCAACCCGGUGUACACGGAUGCUCAAUUUCGUAGGAGGUUCCGCAUGCGUCGCCAUGUUUUUGAGCGCCUUGUUCAUGCUGUGCAACAAGUGGAUCCUUAUUUUAUUCAACGUCCAAAUUGUGCGGGUGAGAUGGGUCUUUCUGCUCUACAGAAAGUUGUUGCUGCUGUUCGAAUCCUUGCUUACGGUAUUCCAGCUGAUGUCGUUGACGAAUACGUGCGUAUUGGCGAAUCUACUGCUCAUGAUGCAUUGAAACACUUUUGCACGGCCGUCCAAACCGCGUUUGCUCCGUAUUAUCUCCGUGCACCAAAUGCAGAAGAUAUCGCACGCCUUCUCCAGGUUGGCGAGUCACGUGGGUUUCCUGGUAUGCUUGGUAGUGUUGAUUGCAUGCAUUGGGAGUGGCGUAACUGCCCAAGUUCAUGGAAGGGGAUGUUUACAGGGCGUGGUAAACAUCCUACCAUGAUCUUGGAAGCUGUUGCGUCGUAUGACCUGUGGAUAUGGCAUGCAUAUUUUGGUCUGCCAGGUAGUUGCAACGACAUAAAUGUUCUUCACCGUUCAAACCUUUUCGAAAGGCAUCUUAGCGGUGACACACCACCUGUUUCAUUCACUGUGAAUGGGCACACGUACAAUAUGGGAUAUUACCUAGCAGACGGGAUUUACCCUGACUGGCCCGCUUUUGUGAAGACAAUUCGUAACCCCUACGACGUUAGAACCCAACACUUUGCAACAAUUCAAGAGUCUGCUCGAAAAGAUAUAGAACGAGCUUUCGGUGUACUACAGAAGAGAUGGGGUGUGGUCCGUGGCCCUGCAUACGGUUGGAGUCCUGAACACAUUGGGGACAUCAUGAAAACUUGCAUAAUAUUGCACAACAUGAUAGUAGAAGACGAAGGUCCAUUGUCUUUGAACACAACCUUUGAAAACAUCGCAGUGCUGGCAGACACAACUCAAGGUUCAAUGGAAGAGCGCAACGACUUCGUCAAUCAAAGGUACAACCAACUGAAAGACCGCAACAAAUAUACUCAGCUUCAGGUUGAUCUCAUACACCAUCACUGGGCGCGGCAUGGAUCCGGAGUUGCAUAGGACGCAAUGAAACAAGUUCAGUCAUGGCUGUUCUCAAAUCUACUGUCCAACUGUCUUAGUCUACUUGUCAAUGGUCUACUAUCUGUUUCAGUGUUAUUUGUCUGUUCUACUUCAUGUGUCAAGUGUGUCUAAUGUGUGUCUGAGUGUCCUAGUGUAGUAGUGUCAUGUCUGUUCUACUUCAUGCUGGUGUUUCAAUUCAAUAAGA